CCCCCUAGCACCUACAUCUGAGACUAAGCAAUUCUUUAAAAGUUACAAUGCGAUUCUGGAGUGCCUUUGUCCCACUUACCGCCCUACUUCCCAUCGUCACGGCUCGUUUCCACUAUGGCCUGGUCUCUCAGGGCGAUAACGCGUUCCAAGUGUCAGGGGGUAUUGUCCCUUCGCUCAUAGCGGCCGACUGCAAACAAAUGAUACUUUAUGGGCUUGCGCAAAAUAUUUCUCCCUACGCAACACCAAAUGGGAGUCAGUGGACCGCCAUCGUCUGUGACAGGACGGUUACCAUGAAUCAGUCUGACCCUGAGCACCCCACGUGGACGGACACGGUUGGAGGUGGGGGAAAUUGCCAACGGAUAUGGAAUCAGACAGCUGUAUGCACCCCCUACUAUCCGGCGGAUAAUUCGACGUGGAGCUGGGAAGAUAAUGGCUGGUGCGAGUCUGAUUUCGACUGCUACGCGGACCUGGGGGAUAUGCGGGGGAUACGCGGGGACCAACUAGGAACGAGUGAGAAAGGUUGUAGGGAAUUUUCUUACUAGGGGAAUGAGGUCGGGCUAGUACAGGGGGCUAUUUAUCUGUGGAACGACCUAAUAUUCGAGUUCUUUUCGUUAUUACAUAACAUACACUGUGACGACUCACGUUGUUGAACUUGCGUUAUGUCACAUCUUUUUACCAUG